AUGGAGCAGGCGAAACCCUCGAAGGUGCCGCUCGAUCCGAGCUACCUACAGAAGAAGGAGGAGAUGGAUCAGCUGCCGAACAACCACGACUACAUGAGCUUGAUUGGUGGUCUCCUGUAUGUAGCUGUACAUACGCGGCCCGACAUUUCCGUGAGCGUGUCCAUUCUGGCGCAAAAAUCCAGCUGCCCGAAUGCGCAAGACUGGACCGAGGCCAAGAGGAUUCUGCGCUACUUGAAUGCCACCAGCAACCAUAAGCUGCAGCUCGGAGCCUCCAGUGAAGGUUUGCAAAUGUUCGUUGACGCAGACUGGGCCGGUAAUGCUCGAGAUAGGAAAUUGAAUUCCGGCAUGAUUCUUCGGUUCGGUGGAGGACCAAUCUCGUGGUGCUCAAGGAAGCAAACGUGCGUUGCGUUGAGUUCGACCGAAGCUGAGUUCGUGGCACUCGCUGAAGGGUGUCAGGAGUUAGUCUGGACCAAACGGCUGCUGGAGGAGAUCGGUGAAGCAACGAAGGAAUCGGUCUCCGUGUUCGAGGACAAUCAAAGUUGUAUCAAACUGGUCGAAAGUGAUCGCAUCGAACGACGUAGCAAACACAUCGACACGAAGUUCUUCUUUGUACGGGACCUGCAAGAAAAAGAUGAAAUUAGACUGCAGUACUGUCCGAAGGAAACAAUGUUGGCCGAUUUGAUGACGAAGCCACUGCAACGGGUUCGUCUGGAGAGAUUACGAUUGGCAAUAGGAAUCCGUCCGGAUCUGCCCGAGGAGGAGUGUUAG